AUGUUCCUCCCUAUACAACCUCAAGGACGUGAUAAGGGAGAGGGAGGGCAGUCCCCUUAUACUGAUGCGAUUCGGCAUUAUGGUAAAGUGGUGUUCAGGCUGGUCUACAGCCAUGAAGGUAUGGGGUUCCUGUUGGUUAUCACCAGCUUAGCGAUGCCCUACGAGUUCGCUUACGGAGUGAACGUCGAGAGCACAGGAGACAUGAAGGAACACAAAGAAUCUGCGUCACCUUCAGGGAGAACCGAAGGCGAAUAUCGCUGGCUUCAGCCUAAUGACUUGUACAGAGUAACACGGUACUUCGUAGAGGGAGACGCUGGUUACCAAGCCACCCUGAGUGAGGAGCCGGGAGAGCGGCUGUCCAGCUACUACUUUAACUCCCUGGGGGAUUCCUCGUCGCGUCUAAGGCAACAGCAAACGUUCACUAGCUCGCAGGAUUCCAGAAUUCAGCCUAACUUUGGUAGUACACAGGCUACGAGGAUCCAUCCAGCCUUCGGUAAUUCACAAUCUACCAGGACACAACCUGCCUUCAGCAAUUCAGUCUUCAAGGUCCCAGUCAUCUUUCGGCUUUCAGUCUUCAAGAACACCACCGGCUGUCGAAGCACACAAUCGUCAAGGAACCGGAACCAGGGAUUUAGUACUACGCAAGGCUUCCAGAACCAACGGAAUUCUCAGACUACCGGAGAAGUGAUUGAUGGCGGUAUAAUCGACGGAGGCUUCAUUGAUGGUAGAAUUAUCAACGGAGGGAUAGUAGGAGAGAAUAAUGCAUUCAGCAGCAUCAACAGCUUCAGUCAAGGAAGAGAUCGCUCUCAGUCUGAGAAUUCCAUUGGUUCUGGAAGCCUUGCGCAGUACUAA